UUUGUCAUUCUUCAUCAUGGCUUAUUGGAACAUCUUAUUAUCAAUAUUGGUUUUUGGUACUCUAACCAGUGGCGAAUUGGUUCGUCCUUUAAAGGGCAUGCAAUGUCUUUCUAUAAUUUGUGAAACUACUUCAGACUUGUCGUUUGUUCAAUCAUACGUACACAAUAUAAAUUUUGAUUUUCUUAAGCUUUCAAAUACAAUUAGAGAUCCAAUCGACGUUUUAGUAACAGCAAAAGAAUUAUCCACAUUUAAAAAGACAUUGCAAUUACGAAAUAUCAGUUAUAUAAUACUUGUUGAUAAUGUUGAACGCGCCGUACAAGAAGAAUUGAAUUCUAACACGUAUGCUCGUUUAAAAUCUAAAGCAACAACUGGAUUUGAAUUUCCAUUUACCUAUUAUCCACGUUAUGCAGAGAUUUCUCAGUACAUUAAACGUGUCGUCACAGAAAACAGUAAAAAAGCAUCAUUAGAAUCAUUUGGAAAAACUUAUGAAGGAAGAGACCUAUAUGUAGUAAAAAUCUCCAGUGGUGGUAGUAAUAAACCAAUAAUUCUUAUUGAUGCUGGAAUUCAUGCUCGCGAAUGGAUUUCACCAACCACAGCUUUGUAUGCCAUUCAUCAAUUAUUGUAUAAUCAGAGCAAUGCAUAUCUCUAUCAAAAUGUUGAUUGGUACAUCAUACCUAGCAUUAAUCCUGAUGGUUAUGAAUAUACGCACACAUCUUAUCGAUUUUGGAGAAAAACCCGCUCAGUAAAAAAUGACAUGAAUUGUAUUGGUACUGAUGCGAACCGAAAUUUUGAUUACAAGUGGAUGACUGUCGGUGCAUCUAGCUAUCCUUGUUCAGAAACCUAUGCCGGUCCGAAACCCUUCUCAGAGGUAGAGACCCAAGCUUUAAGGGACUUAGUGGAAUCUCUUCAAGGAAAUGUCAAAGUUUAUCUAACUUUACAUUCAUACGGACAGUAUCUUUUACAUCCAUGGGGAUGGACAUCAGCAUUACCAAGUAAUGAACCAACACUUCGUUCAGUUGGUUUAAAAGCAGCUCAAGCAAUAGCACAAAUAUACGAUACUCGUUACACCGUGGGAAGUUCUACAAAUGUUUUGUAUGCUGCUGCUGGUGGAAGUGAUGAUUGGGUGAUGGCAGUUGGUAAAGCUGAUUUGUCUUAUACAAUAGAAUUACCUGGUGGUAGAUUUGAUCCACCCCCUUCAAAGAUAAAUCCUAUUGCUGUUGAAACUUUUGAAGCUUUCAAAGUAUUUCAUGAAUACGUUGAAAAAACUUACGUAAGGAGUAAGUGAACUUAUUAUUGUUUAUCAACUAGUGUAUUAAAACAUAUUUAUUCUAAAUACAUAUAUAUAUGUACAUAUUGACAAUUUUUAAUGAUAUUGGAAUAAAGAAAUAUAAAUUGGAAAAGUA